AUGGAAGAUCCCAGGAGAUUUGAAGAAAGGUUUGUUCACAAGUUUUACAACGAGAACACGAGAGAGUUUUCGGCAACGAGAAGAAAGCAUUGGAAAAUGACGGAGAAGUUUCUAGAUAGUUAUUAUACUUCUGGGUCUAUUGUACUCGAUGCAGGAUGUGGAAAUGGAAGGUCGUUUCUGGUCCCAGAGGUAGUUGGAUUAGACUACUGCUUUGAUCUUCUGAGAGAUGCCAAGGCUAUAAGAAACCACGGAUUGGUAAGAGGGGAUGUCCUGAAGCUACCUUUUGCAGACUCUAGUUUUGACCUCGUGCUUAGUGUUGGUGUAAUCCAUCAUCUCAGCACAUAUGAAAGGAGGCUGAAGGCAAUGGAAGAAAUGAAGAGGGUACUAAAGGAUGGAGGGAAAGGAUUGGUGUAUGUAUGGGGAAAUUCUGUGAAGGAUAAGAAGAAGUUUUCGAAGAUCAUUGGAAGACCAGGAGAAGAGUAUUUUGCAACGUGGAACCUUAGGGAUGACACCAAGAGGUAUUAUUACCUUUAUGAUAUAGAAGGCCUACUAGAGCUUUGCAGAGACUCUGGAUUUAAAGUUUUGAACUAUGGGCCUGAAGAGGAAAGCUUGUUUACGGUCUUGGAGAAGUAA